AUGCCCGGGCCAACUGAAUCCGGAGGCGCCUCUGUCCCUCUCGUCAUUGGGGGACAGGAUGUCUACUCAGAUGAUCUUUUUGAUGUCAUCAGUCCGAGCACCGGGAACUUCGUCCACAAAAGCUCCAACGCAAACACCAAGCACGCUCUCGCUGCGAUCGAUGCCGGAGCCGAGGCGUUCGAGGCCUGGAGCCAAACUACGCCUACGCAACGCCGAAACAUCUUCCUGAAGGCGGCGGAUAUUGUCGAGAAGCGAACCGAGGAGUUGAAGGGGUAUAUGCUCACAGAGACUGGCAGCGACGAAGGAUGGGCGGCCUUCAAUGUCUUCCUCGCCAAGGAGUGUCUCCUGGAUACCGCGAGCAGAAUCACGGGCCUCGAGGGCAGGAUCCCGACGCCCCAGGACCCGACCGUCGGAGCUCUUAUCGUCAAAGAGCCUUACGGUGUCAUCCUAGCAAUCGCGCCCUGGAACGCGCCCUACGCAUUGGGCUUCAGAGCCGUUACUUGGGCAAUUGCCGCCGGAAACGCCGUCGUAUUUAAGGGCUCCGAGCUGAGCCCUCGCACUCUCUGGGCUGUGUCCUCGGUGCUGCAAGAGGCCGGUCUUCCCGACGGUGUGCUCAACUACAUUACGUGCAGCCCAAGCAAUGCACCGAGCGUCACCAAGGCGUUGGUCGAGAGCCCUGAAAUUAAAAAGAUCAACUUUACCGGCAGCUCGGGCGUCGGCCGCAUUAUUGCCCAGAUGGCGGGAGCGUGCCUCAAGCCGAUCCUGUUGGAGCUGGGCGGCAAGGCUCCUGCGAUUGUCUGCGAGGACGCGGACCUCGAUGUCGCCGCCAAGCAGUGCGUGCUGGGAGCAUUCAUGUACUCUGGCCAGAUCUGUAUGAGCACUGAACGCAUCCUCGUCCACAAGAACAUCCGGGUUGCCCUCGAGGAGAAGCUGAAGGAAUGGGUGGAGAUUAUCUUCUCCUCGAAGAACGACGCGCCCAUCCUCAUUGCCGACCGCUCGGUGGUCAAGAACAAGGAGCUUGUCAAGGACGCCCUGGCCAAGGGAGCGAACCUUGUCUGUGGCGACGUCGAUCUUACUGAGUCGACCAAGAGCCGCCUGAGGCCCAUCAUCGUCAGCAACGUCAAGCCGCCCAUGGACAUUUACAAGACGGAGUCGUUCGGCCCCACGGUGUCGGUGAUUGAGUUCGAGACGGAGGAGGAAGCGUUGAAGAUUGCCAACGACACCGAGUACGGCCUCAGCUCCGCCAUCUUCUCGACAGACUUGAGAAAGGCCCUGCGCCUGGCCAAGAAGAUUGAGACGGGAGCCGUCCACAUCAACCGGAUGAGCGUCCACGACGAGGCUGUUCUACCGCACGGAGGCGCCAAGUCCAGCGGGUUCGGGCGAUUUAAUACUGGGAUGGAGGAGUGGGUGAGGACGAAGAACAUUACUUAUGAUCUUUGA